AUGCGCGACAACGGUGCUAACGUCGACUCCACGGAUGGUCCCAGGACUCCCGUGAGGAGCCCCAGGGCCUCAUCCAACCCUCUUCAGGACCAUGUUCUACCCUCUACCGAGUUCACCUUCUCCUGCAGCCCCUCAUCUGCAGGUAGGUUGACCCCGGUAUCCUCCGUAGAUGGCUCGCUUGAUCCCCAAGUCGAACACCGCUCCCUCACACCAAACACCCAGUCCCUCUUCCAGAACUUGCGCCUGAGCGAAACCAUGAGACCUCAAAAUCAUGGCUCUGAGUCUAGCCCUAGCAAUGGCCCAGGAGAGUCCCGGCUGACCCCAAACACUCAUCAUACAACCUACCGGGACCUCUACAAUGCCACUCCUAGUCCAGGGGUUGCUCGCUCCACGGAGCCGACCCAACGGCCACCGCGGACGCCAACGUCUCCGCUGGGCGUUGUGAACGCUCAAUUGCAGAACCUGAACGUAGCGGACUCGGGGGAUUCGGAAGUCAGCGAUUCAGAUCAUGAUAACGAUCCUGAAUCAGACGAUUAUCUCUACAAUAUCCGCCAGGAGGAACUGCCCCAGGUGCCUAUCUACGACAUUCGGCUCCAGAGUGCUCUGCGAAACGUGAGAGGCCAGCUCGCAGACCUCGCGCAAGUUAUGAGUAGGCGCGAGCUGGCUCAAGACCCCACGACCGCCUUUCAUGAAUUGUAUAAACAGACGCUCGAAGCGAGCGGGUUCGCGUAUCCCGCCACGCGGACUGUUGGGUUUAUUGGUGACUCGGGAAUGGGAAAGAGUAGCCUCAUCAAUUCUAUCCUUGAUCAAGAGGGGCUGGCUCGGUCGAGCGGAGACGGAGCUGCUUGCACCACCGUUGUUACAGAGUUUCGAAGUGUGAACGAGGAGCACCCGCAAAAUUAUACCGUCGAAGCCGAUUUCAUGGAUAAUGCCGAGAUUCGCGAGCUUCUAGAGGAGCUCCUCUCAAACGUCAGGAAGUAUUACACAGAUGCCUACCGGGAAGUUGUUGACGCAAGAGAACAAGAGCACAUCAAGGCUGCUGCCAAGAGAGCCUGGGACACAUUGCUCUCACUUUUCCCUAACCAGCCCGGACUUGAUCUCGACUUCCUUUCUAGGGACGGAGAAGAUGCGGUAGAGUCUAUUGUGACCACAUUGGAAGAGUGGGCAAUGGCUGGUCUAGACCACCGUCCUGGUGGGCGCGACAGUCUUCGGUAUACCGUUGUGGCUCGCCAUGCCGAUGAGUGUAUGGAGCAGUUGGAUAAUCUCAUGGCUGAUUCGAGGGACGGCGAUAGGCCGGCUAUAUGGCCUUUCGUCAAGUUGAUCAGGUCAACCGAUACGGAUCGUUUGUACUCGUUCAGAGGCAGGCUCCCCGUUCCCAACCUAAUCGGACAGGAACUAACGGGCCAAUUCCAGGAUGUGGAUGCUAAAGAGACGGCACGGACAUCCUCUGCGGGUGACGCCAGACAUAUCCUCGAUCUCGACAGCCGAAUUCAAGCCCUCGAACAAAACAUCAGGCAUACGCGGUCCCGUCGCCGACAAGCUAGCGGAAGCAGAAAUCAAAAUCUCGCUGCGGAGGAAACUACCCUUCGCGAUGAGAAAGAGGCGCUGGAAUUCGAACUGAAGCGCUUCCUCAUUUUAAGACGGAAUAGACGCGUAACCGAGGCUUUAUCGCGUGCCUGGAGAAACCAAGCCCGAAUAUUUUGCGUGAGCAACAAGCUCUACUCAGACCACCGUACAAACGAUCCCGAGCAAGCCAAUGGAUACCUCGAGCUCAGUGGUAUCACGGAGCUUCGUCGCUAUUGCCAGUCAGUUCCAGCAGAUGCGCAGCUUCGUGCAACGGAAUCAUUUCUGCAAAAUCAGGUACCCGCGCUUCUAGGUUCUCUAACUCAAUGGGCAUUAGCGGGUUCUGAUUCCGUUACUGCAAGUCGGGCUGAAGUCCUGCGCGGUGCCUUGAAUGAAGCCGAACAGACUCUCCAACGGGCCGCUCUCGGAACAAUUGGAGAGAUCAUGCAGUCGGCGCGAGCAGGGAGUGGGCAACUGAUCUGCCAGUGGCACCAUUCGACGUACGCCGCAUGGUGUCGCAACUAUGGGACGCACCAAACGGCGAAGCAAGAGUAUCGCUGCUGGAACGAAGAAAUCCUCGGUCAGGGAAGUGAUCAACUCUCCACCAGAUGGGAUGCCAUGCUUGGUUGGCUUGAAGAGAAGAGAGAUGAGCUUGACGAGGAGCUGUCUAGUAUGUUUCAGAACGUUUGUGACUCGAUUGAAGAACACCAUGACAUAGCACCGGAGAGUCUGGGAAAUUUGCGCUUGAAUAUGGAAACGCGGCAAAGAUGUAUACUGGACGCCAUCCAUAGCUCCUUGGAUGACCUAAUUUAUGCAACUGAGAAAAUCGAGUCCGACGCAGUAGGCGGACACGCUAGCUCCUAUAUUGCGGGCGUCAUGCGUCCGGUGUAUAACACCUGCAGGGAACAAUAUGGAACGGGCAGUGAUGCCAGACGCAAGCAAGCCAUGAACCGACAUCUUUCAUCCUCUGCUUUAUUUUUGCAGUUCGCCAACACACUGACAGGUGACUAUCGUGAGCUUAUUGAGAGGACUUUUGCUCAGCUCGAUCAAAAGCUUCGGGAAGAGAUCGCGAGUAUUACUAGGGAUUUGCGAGCUUCACUCACAGUAGAGGGACAGACAUCGGAGGCUGGGCAGGACCCCCAACACACAGAAGAGUUAAAGCGGAGGGUGCGUGUAAUCCAAGACGCAUUGGUUCAUGCCCAAAGGGUUAUAAGGGAAGUUCGGCAGUGA